CCCGGCUAGCUAUCUGCACUCUAUUACGGCCGUGUGGCAGCAUAUGCUCCCACCGUCAACUUGGCAUCAUAUCGCGCCUUCUUUCCACCCCUGGACAAAUUCUGUAAUCACGCUCCUUCCUUAGACGAUUGCACUAUCCAAGUCACGGAUUGCGAGAGGGGUGGAAGGGUGGGACUGAACAAAAACGGGCCGUGAGCGGUUUAAGAACUCAUCAUUCAACCUGGUGGUGCUUAUCAUUGCGGUCUCUUAUGUCGUCCAAGUUUGACGAGAAACGCGCAGACUCGGACGUCGUCCUUGCUGAUAACCUCUCUUUAGAUGAGGAGCACAGGAAUCUUGGAGGUGCCCCCAUUGAGGACGCGAGUCCGAUGGGGAAGGACGUUGAUUGGUGGACGGCGGUGUUUUUGAACUUUUCCCAGAUGAUUGGGACGGGGAUCUUUUCGACGCCUGGAACUAUACUGAGGCAGACGGGUAGUUUUGGGUUGGCUAUGAUUUUUUGGGUUAUCGGGUUCUUCCUAAGUGCUGCGGGUUUAUCAUACUACACGGAAUACCUCGCCAUGUUUCCGAAUAGGGCUGGAGCCGAGGUAGCUUAUCUGGAGCAGGCAUAUAGUCGGCCCAAGUUUUUAUUGCCGGUGACCUUUGCGGUUAUCACUGUUAUUCUUAGUUUCGCGAGCUCUAAUGCUAUAGUGUGCGCCGAGUAUAUACUCUACGCGAAUGGGCAAGAAACAUACAGUGAAUGGACUAUGCGAGGAAUAGCAAUCGCUGCCUAUGGGAUUGCUUGCAUCAUCGUCAUCUCCCACAAUCGCACAGCGAUGUGGAUUUCAAAUGUUCUAAGUUUCUUCAAAGUGAUCAUCCUUUGUUUCAUUGUCGUCGCAGGAUGGGUCGUCCUCGGUGGAGGUACACGUGUUGAGGACCCCAAGAGCCAUUUCAAGAAUGGGUUCAGUGGGACCAAUAAUAACGGAAAUGCGAUGGCAAGUGCUAUGAUUAAUGUCAUCUUUUCGUAUACGGGUUGGAAUAAUGCCAACAACGUCGCCAACGAAAUGUCACGCCCCGUACAUACACUCAAGACAGCAGGUCCAUUCUCCCUCGGCCUAGUCUUCUUCCUCUACUUCUUCGCAAACAUCGCCUACGUCGCCGCUGUUCCCGUGUCAGAAGCAAAGAAAUCCGGCCAACUCCUCGCUGCCAAAUUCUUCUCGGCAGUGUUUGGUACAUACGCUGGGACGAGGGUUUUGCCUGUCUUCGUAGCUCUAUCGGCGUUUGGAAACUUGGUUGCGGUGGCUAUUGGGCAGGGGAGGGUGUUUAGGGAGGUAGCGAGACAAGGCGUGUUCCCAUUCAGCCGUUUCUUCGCUAGCACCAAACCCUUUGGUACCCCCGCCGCUCCAAUGCUCCUCAAGUUCGUUCUCACAACAAUCGUGAUCAUCGGACCUCCCAUCGGCGACGCGUUCAACCUCAUCGUAUCCAUCCAGACGUACCCCAGCCGACUCUUCGACCUAGCCAUGGUCACAGGGAUCUACUGGAUCCGGCGGAGAAGAGCCAAGGCAGGUGUGCCCAGGCCCGAGUUCCGCACCUGGCAUAUCGCGUUGUGGUUCUCGAUCGCGGUGAAUAUAUUCGUGUUGGUGGUGCCGUGGUUACCGCCUGCGAAGGGUGCGGAGCCGUUUUCGUUCCCUUAUUGGGUGCCUUGGGUUACUGGUAUUGGUAUCUUGGUUCUGUGUUUCACUUAUUGGAUUUCGUGGAUGCAUAUUGCCCCGUGGUUGUUGGGGUAUAAGGUGUAUGAGGAGGUUGUUCAGCUAGAGAAUGGGGAGUUGUCGAAGAGGUUUGUGUAUGUGUAUAAUGAUCAUCGUGGGGAUGAGUUUAGGGAGCGGUUGAGGGUGGAGGCGGAGAAGUUGAAGAAGGAGGAGAAUGGGAGUUUGGAGCAGAAGGUGGAUGUUACGGUUUAAACGUUAACUUAGAGCUGUCUUCGAUUUACAGCUGUUUGCAUACAGCUUGACAGUCAGGGGCAUUUUCGUGGAUGAUGAAAGAAGGCUCGGACUUGGUCA